UGUUGUCUUUUUUCUCUUCCGACGGCAGCGUGUCUUAGUAGUAAGACCAUGGCUUCUAGAGUUCUUGUUGGAGUGAAGAGAGUUAUUGAUUAUGCUGUCAAGAUCCGUGUGAAACCUGAUAAGACAGGUGUUGUCACUGAUGGAGUAAAGCACUCUAUGAACCCAUUCUGUGAAAUUGCUGUGGAGCAAGCAGUUCGUAUGAAGGAGAAGCAGCUGGUAAAAGAAAUCAUUGUAGUUAGCUGUGGACCACAGCAGUGCCAGGAGACCAUCCGUACUGCUCUUGCAAUGGGAGCAGACCGAGGAAUCCAUGUUGAUGUAGCAGGAAAGGACUCUGAAAAUCUUGGACCAUUUCAGGUAUCCAAAAUUCUGGCUGCUCUUGCCAAGAAAGAAGAUGUUCAGCUCAUUAUAUUGGGAAAACAGGCUAUUGAUGAUGACUGUAAUCAAACAGGACAAAUGACUUCUGCGUUGUUAGAUUGGCCACAGGGAACGUUUGCUUCUGAAGUAGCAGUAGAAGGUGACAAAUUAAAGGUGGUCCGUGAAGUUGAUGGGGGCUUAGAAACCAUUCUUAUUCGUUUACCUGCAGUUUUAACAGCAGACUUGAGACUGAAUGAGCCUCGCUAUGCAACAUUGCCGAAUAUCAUGAAAGCAAAGAAGAAAAAGAUUGAUGUGAUGAAACCAGGUGAUCUGGCUGUUGAUAUUUCUUCGAAUCUUCAAAUACUGAGCACUGAUGAGCCCCCACAGAGGAAAGCUGGUGUGAAGCUUGAAUCUGCAGAAGACCUGAUAGCCAAAUUAAGGGAGAUCGGAAGAAUCUGAGCCACUGCUUAAUGGUACUGUUGAAUAGUUUAAAACUGUUUGUAUUUUCAGCCUUUUCCUGGAACUAAUCAAGCGAGCGAUCAAUAUGCACAACGCCUGGGUGAUGAAGUACAGGCAGAGCAGAUAGAAGGCUGAGUUCAGCAUAGGUACAUGAGUGAUGACAUUUAAUUCUGUUCAGUAAAUGAUCUGAACGGUUGGCAUUUAUUAUGGACUUCAAAACUGUUAAUUAUUGCUGUAUAAAUAAUAUUUCACAAAAUAUUUUUAUGAAGUGCUGUUAUUCUAUGGAAAUUUUUCACUGCUGCAUUUCAUAAAAUUGUAGUCAAUUCUCUCCUCCUGUAAGGAGGGAUUUACACAAAUAAAGCAAAUUGUGUUUUGAUCAAGUAA